AAGCUCCGGUGUUGUGAUUAUAUGAUACAUGGGCUUGCCAUAGRUUAGACAGAGGAUCCAGCUGUGGACAGAGGUUAUCGUGUUUCUGCAGCUUCUUGUGCACGUGUUGACAGCAGGAGGAGUCAGUGAGGCAGGAGGAGGAGCAGAAUGAAGAGGGGCGGGGCUUCAUGUCGGAGAGGGGCGGAGCUUCAGGAUCAUUGUCCACCCGGUGUGUGAGUGAGUUUCUGAGCGUCUCCAAAGUUUCACCGGCGUCUCGCUUCUUCACCUCCUGCAACUUUUCUCUGUUUCCCUGAAAAACAAACAAGUAAACAAACAAACAAACAAACAAAGAAGGAAGGAAGCGGAGCUCCGCGGACUGAGGAGGCCGAGCCGCGGAGGAGGGACGAGGCUCCGAGCCCAGCUCCGUCUCCUCCGGAUGAAGAACCCACGAGACAAAGAGUGAGUUUCCUCCAUCCUGAAGCCCCGCAGGGACCCCCAGCAGCAGCAGGAGGAUGAAGCCCUGAGGCCGCGGGAACCGGCAUCAGGUGUUGUUUUUACCUGGAGUCAGACAAACAACACCUGUCUGUGCUGCGCGUGCAGCCAGGCCUGUGACGUCAUCCAGCCAGGAGGACAGGAUGGACAACUUCUUCACUGAGGGUGAUCGGGUUUGGUUACGGGAGGAGGAGCAGUAUCUGCCCAGCUCCGUGUCUUCCUGUUCUGGAGGUGUGGUGGUCUUUGCUACAGACUACGGCCAGGUGUACACCUACAAGCAGAAUGCCCUCACCAGGCAGAAGGUGCAGCCCAUGCACCACAGCAGCCUCAGSGGGGUGGAGGACAUGGCCACGCUGCAGGACCUCCACGAUGGAGCCAUAAUGCACAACCUGUUCCAGCGCUACCAGCAGAGACACAUCUACACGUACAUCGGCUCCAUCCUGGCGGCGGUGAACCCCUACCAGCCGCUGCCCGGCCUGUACGACCGGCCCGCCGUGGAGCUGUACAGCCGCCACCACCUGGGCGAGAUCAGCCCGCACAUCUUCGCAGUCGCCAACGAGUGCUACCGCUCGCUGUGGAAGACGCAGCAGAACCAGUGCGUCCUGAUCAGUGGAGAGAGUGGAGCCGGUAAAACGGAAAGCACCAAGCUGAUCCUGAGGUUCCUGUCAGCCAUGAGCCAGCACUCGCUGGAGGUCUCCUGCAGGGACAAGAGCUCGCAUGUGGAGGAGGCGCUGCUGGAGAGCAGUCCCAUCAUGGAGGCCUUCGGAAACGCCAAGACCGUCUACAACAACAACUCCAGCCGCUUCGGGAAGUUUGUCCAGCUGCAUUUCAGCCAGAAGGGAAACAUCCAGGGGGGCCGGAUUGUUGACUACCUCCUGGAAAAAAACCGGGUCGUACGGCAGAACCCAGGGGAGAGAAACUAUCACAUUUUUUAUGCCGUAUUAGCAGGAACCAACAACCAACAGAGGGAAGCGUUUGGGUUGACCCACCCUGAAAACUAUCACUACCUGAGACAGUCCCACUGUCACACGGACAAGACAAUCAACGACAAAGGCACUUUUCAGGAUGUUCUGAACGCCAUGCGAACCAUGCAGUUCUCCGAGGAGAACAUCGGUGAGGUUCUGCGCCUCCUGGCCGGGAUCCUUCACGCAGGGAACAUCGAGUUUAUGACGGCUGGGGGGGCGCAGGUUUCCUCCAAGUCAGCUCUCAGCUGGACCUCAGAGCUCUUAGGACUGAACUCGGAUCAGCUGGCAGAAGUCCUGACCCAACGGUCCAUGAUCCUGAGGGGGGAGGAGAUCUCCACGCCGCUGACCGUUGAGCAGGCGGUGGACUCCAGAGACUCCAUGGCCAUGGCCCUUUACUCUCAGUGUUUUAACUGGAUCAUCCACAAACUCAACACCCGCAUCCGAGGCAGAGAGGACUUCAAGUCCAUCAGCAUCCUGGACAUCUUUGGAUUUGAGAACUUCGAGGUCAACCGCUUCGAGCAGUUCAACAUCAACUAUGCAAACGAGAAGCUGCAGGAAUAUUUUAACAAACACAUUUUCUCCCUGGAGCAGCUUGAAUACAACAAAGAGGGUCUGCUGUGGGUCGACAUCGACUGGAUGGAUAACGGAGAGUGUCUGGAUCUGAUAGAAAAGAAACUGGGUCUCCUGGCGCUGAUGAACGAGGAGAGUCACUUCCCUAAAGCCACAGACGACACCUUACUGGAGAAACUUCACAACCAGCACUCGAAAAAUCCAUUUUAUGUGAAACCUCGCGUUGCCGUGCACUUCUUUGGAGUCCGACACUACGCAGGAGAGGUGGUGUACGACGUGAGGGGGAUGCUGGAGAAGAACAGAGACACUUUCAGAGACGACAUCCUCAACAUGCUGAGAGAGAGCAGGUUGGACUUUGUCUACGAUCUGUUUGAACACGUGUUGAGUCGAAACAAACAGGACACUCUGAAGAGCAGCUGCAAGCACCGACGGCCGACGGUCAGCUCCCAGUUCAAGAACUCUCUUCACUCUCUGAUGGCCACGCUCAGCACUUCGAACCCGUACUUUAUUCGAUGCAUCAAACCGAAUUCACACAAGAUGCCUGACCAGUUCGACCAGACGGUGGUUCUGAACCAGCUCAGAUACUCCGGCAUGCUGGAAACUGUCAAGAUAAGACGCACCGGCUUCCCGGUCCGGAGACCUUUCCAGGACUUCUGCUGCAGGUACAAGGUUCUGAUGAAGGGUCUGGUGGUCUCAGACGAGCCCAGAGGGUCCUGCAAGCAGCUGCUGCACCUCUACGACUGCAGCGGUGCAGACUGGCAGCUGGGCAAGACCAAGGUUUUCCUGCGGGAGUCUCUGGAGCAUCGUCUGGAGAAGCAGAGGGAGGUGGGGGUGCUUAAAGCAGCCAUGAUCAUCCAGGCCCACGUGAUGGGCUACAUGGCCAGGAAGCAGUACAGGAAGCUGCUGCAGUGCAUCGUGGUCAUUCAGAAGAACUACCGGGCUUUCUACUGGAGGAGGAAGUUCCUGCUCCUCCGCUGGGCCACGCUCACCUUCCAGAAGCGCCUCCGCGGCCAGCUGGCCCGCCGGGCCUUCAGCCAGCUCCUGGAGGAGAGGAGGAGGAGGGAGGAGGAAGAGGAGCGCUGCAGGAGGAUAGAGGAGGAGAUGGAGAGAGAAAGACAGAGGUUGGAGGCCGAGAGACUCGCUAGAGAGGCUGAGGAAGCAAGAAGACUGGAGGAGCUUCUCCGUGCAGAGGAGCUGUCCUCUCAGGUGUUGGCUCAGUCUCAGCUGGAAGCAUCAUCAUCACCUGAAACACUGCAGGAGCUGCCAGAAGUCUUCGAGGAGGAGGCCAUCCGACCGCACGAAGCCUCUCAGGUGGAGGAGAUCCUGCGUCUGGAGCGAGAGAUCCAGGCCCUGCAGAGGCAGAAGGAGCGUCAGGAGCUGUCCCUGACCGAGGCCUCCCUCCUCCGCCUGCAGCGCCUGCGGGACCAGGAGCUCCGGCGGCUGGAGGACGAGGCCUGCAAGGCGGCGCAGCAGUUCCUCCAGUCCCUCAACUUUGACGAGAUCGACGAGUGCGUCAGGAACAUCGAGAGCUCGUUGGGCGUCGGGGACGAAGGUGAGAAGGACGGCAGACGGAGGAGGGGGAACGACGAAGAGGAGGUCGACGAAGGGUUCGGGGCAGACGACGAGGCGUUCAAAGACUCGCCGAACCCGAGCGAGCACGGCCACUCGGACGGGCAGCGGACCAGCGGGAUCCGAACGAGCGACGACUCGUCUGAAGAAGAUCCGUACGCCAACGACAGCGUGAUCCCGGCCCUGCCGCCCCCCAGCCUGCUGCACCAGCCCCUCCCUCUGCCUCCCACGCUCCUGGGCUGUCACAGCGUCUCGUCCAGCGGAGACUCCUCCUACUGUCACCCGCAGGCUUCGUCGGAGGCGCAGUCCGACGACCUGGUGGAGCUGAUCCCACCCGACGAGGACUCGGACUACGAUCAGGACGACUACGAUGAGGGCGCUCUGGUGUCCAGCGGCAGCGUGGCCUUCACCAACUCUCUGAGCGGUCAGUGGUCUCCGGAUUACCGCGGCUCUGUGGGCACCUACAACAGCUCCGGGGCUUACCGCUUCAGCUCUGAGGGGGCUCAGUCAUCGUUUGAGGACAGUGAAGACGACUUCGACAGGUUUGACACGGACGACGAGCUGUCGUACCGCCGGGACUCGGUCUACAGCUGCGUCACCCUCCCGUACUUCCACAGCUUCCUCUUCAUCAAAGGUGGCCUGAUGAACACGUGGAAGCGGCGCUGGUGCGUGCUGAAGGACGAGACCUUCCUGUGGUUCCGGGCCAAGCAGGAGGCGCUGAAACAGGGCUGGCUGCACAAGAAGGGAGGCGGCUCGUCCACGCUGUCCCGUCGCAACUGGAAGCGCCGCUGGUUUGUGCUGCGGCAGAGCAAGCUGAUGUACUUCGAGAACGACAGCGAGGAGAAGAUGAAGGGGGUGCUGGACAUGCACAACGCCAAAGAAAUCAUCGAUAACACGGGGAAGGAGAACGGGAUCGACAUCGUGAUGCCAGAGAGAACUUAUCAUCUGAUCGCAGAGUCUGCCGAGGACGCCAGUCAYUGGUUCAGCGUGCUGAGUCAUGUCCAAGGCUCCACGGAACAGGAGAUCAGUGAGAUGCACGACGAGCAGGCCAACCCUCAGAAUGCUGUGGGCACACUGGACGUGGGGAUGAUCGAUUCGGUUUGUGCGUCAGACAAUCCAGAAAGACCAAACUCUUUCGUCAUAAUCACGGCAAACCGUGUGCUGCAUUGCAAUGCCGACACGCCCGAGGAGAUGCACCACUGGAUCACCCUGCUGCAGCGCUCCAAAGGAGAUGCUCGAGUUGACGGCCAGGAGUUCAUCAUCCGAGGUUGGCUGCAUAAAGAGAUGAAAAACAGCACCAAAGCGUCGCUGAAGGUGAAAAAGCGCUGGUUUCUGCUCACCCACAACUCCCUGGACUACUACAAGAGCUCGGAGCGUAACGCCUUAAAGCUGGGGACGCUGGUGCUGAACAGACUCUGCUCGGUGGUGCAGCCGGACGAAAAGGUCUUCAAAGAGACGGGAUACUGGAACGUGAUCGUGUACGGCCGUAAACACUCGUACCGGCUCUACUGCAAGCUGCUGAACGAAGCCACGCGUUGGGCCAACUCCAUCCAGAACGUCAUCGACUCCAAAGCUCCCCUCGACACGCCCACCCAGCAGCUCAUCCAGGACAUCAGGGAAAACUGCCUGAACGGUGAGGUGGUGGAGCAGAUCUACAAGAGAAACCCCAUCCUGCGCUACAGCCACCACCCGCUGCAUUCACCGCUGCUGCCYCUGCCCUACGGAGACAUCCACCUCAGUGCUUCAAAGACCAGGAGCUACACCACUCUGCAGGAUGAAGCCCUCAAGGUCUUCAGCUCCCUGCAGCACCUGGACGGAGUGGCUGACCCGGUUCCCAUCAUCCAGGGCAUCCUGCAGACGGGUCAGGAGCUCAAAGCGCUGCGCGACGAGCUCUACUGCCAGCUGAUCAAACAAACCACACGGCCGCCUCAGCCCGGCGCUCCUGGGAACCUCUGCAACUGGAAGAUCCUGGCCUGCAUGUCCUGCACCUUCYUCCCCUCGAGGGGCAUACUCCGAUACCUCAAGUUCCACCUGAAGAGGACUCGGGAACUCUUUCCCGGCUCUGAGAUGGAUCGUUACGCCGCRUUCGCRCUCGACUCUUUGAAGAAGACCCGGGCCAGGGAGAACGUGCCGUCGCAGGAGGAAAUCCGCUCCAUCGUGGCCCGACAGGAGAUGAGCACCACGGUUCACUGCCACGGAGGAGGCUCCUGCAAAAUCACCAUCAACUCCCACACCACUGCAGGAGAGGUGGUGGAGAAGCUGAUCCGCGGUCUGGCCAUGGAGGACAGCAGAAACAUGUUCGCUCUGUUCGAACACAACCACAGCACAGAAAAAGCCAUCGAAAGUCGCACGGUGGUGGCCGAUGUGCUCGCCAAGUUCGAAAGACUGUCGGCGAGUCCAGACGAAACCAACACUGCCUGGAAGUUAUACUUCAAACUCUACUGCUUCCUGGACACGGACAGUGUUCCUAAAGACAGCGUGGAGUUCGCCUUCAUGUUCGAACAGGCUCACGAGGCGGUGAUUCGAGGUCACUAUCCUGCCCCCGAGGAGACGCUUCAGUUUCUGGCCGCCCUGAGGCUUCAGUACCUCCUGAGUGACCAGAACUCCCAGACCAGCAUCCCGGAGAUGUCCCAGGUGUUCCCCAUGGCUCGGCUCCGGGCCCGAGUGCAGAACUCGGCCAAGACCUUCACCCCGUGCGGCGGCUCGGCGGCCGACCGCUCGGGAACGUUCGAGAGGAAACGCUCGAGCUUCCUGGAGGGAACGCUGAGGCGCAGCUUCAGGAGCGGCUCGCUGAGUCGGCAGAAACUGGAGGAGGAGAACAGCCUGGAGGUGUGGAUGAGGGAGGAGGCGGCGGCYGUGAGGACCAGCGUGAUGGAGAAGUGGAGGAAGUUCCAGGGGAUGAACCAGGAGCAGGCCAUGGUGAAAUACAUGGCUCUGGUGAAGGAGUGGCAGGGAUACGGAUCCACACUCUUUAAUGUGGAGAGUCGGGACGGAGCGUUCCCCUCAGAGCUGUGGUUGGGAGUGAGCAGGGAGUCCAUCUCAGUGUACAAACGAGGGGAGCCGUGGCCUCUGGAGGUUUUCCCCUACGAGCAGAUCCUCUCCUUUGGAGCUCCAACACCCAACGCCUACAAGAUCACCGUGGAAGGCCGAGAACUGCUCUUCGAAACACACAUGGUCAUGGACAUCGCCAAGCUCAUGAAGGCGUACAUCAGCAUGAUCGUGAAGAAGCGCUACAGCAACUGUCAGUCUGUUAGCAGCCACGGGAGCCAGUGCAGCGCCUGGUGAGCCCCGCCCCUUAACCUUCAGCCUCGAGCCRGACUGCAGCUGGAUCCUCAGCGCUCUGGGAGAAUAAACUAAAAAAAUAAAGUCGCAGUGGCUGAGAGCGUCGGUUAGUCACUGUGCUCCUGAUCUUCAUUCCAAACCUUCACUCCGCUCUCCUCUAAGUGRCCUGCCGUGGUCAGAGACACACUGUCAGCACGUCCAGCUGCACUCCAGUCCAACACAGAAGUUCCUGAACACUAACGUUUUAUUUAAAAACAAAAUAGAUGCAACACUUUAUUUAUAAGUAGCAGUUUGAGCUUGUCGUCGUGAGAAGUUUUGAUAAAAACUGUUUAUGUGCUGAGUCAUGUUACGGACCACUGUGAAAGAGCUGGAGAUGAGCAGAGAAGGUGGAAACGUGACACGGCUGCACUGAGACCAAAGAAAAAUGGACCACUUAGAAUGAUGCUUUUUGAAGCUGAGUGUGGUCCCAACCUGUUCUGUUUAAAGCAACUAAUCAGACAUGAGUUAAAACUCCAACGUUAAAUAUGAUCAAGUUAAAGGCGCCUCUAAUCAGGAAACAAAGGAUAAAAUAAUUGUUUUUGUGUGUUUCUCUUACCAAAGAGUUGCUGUGAGCUGAAGGUUUUCCUCCCUGAUGCUCAGUUUCAGGCAGAACAGUGAAUGUUUAAUGAUUUGUGAGGAAAAGUUUAUAAAGAGCUUGAAUGUAAAAAAGCAUAAAGGACUGAAAAUUUAAAAAAUAAGGCUGGAAGCAGUUUGGCUCUGCUGGGAGAGAUUCAUUUUCUGUAAAUACGCAGCUUUUCUACUCAAGUGGUUUCCUGAUAUGAAGUGUUUAAAGUAAAACAGGAUGACCUGUUUGAUCCACUCUCAGCAGGACCUAAAAGCYCUCCAACAUUUCUUUACCUGCUGAUGUUUUACACUCUGAGUCCAUUUUAUUAGAUUCACCCUGCUGGAAUCACCUCUUAUCCCUUUAAUAGAUUCAACCAGGUGGUUUUAGUUCACGCUGACAGGUUAGCUCUGCUGUUCCUCCACAUUCCAAACACACUGAGUGGACUGAGGUUUGGAUUUAAUGAAGUGGUCGAUGAGUAAAGUCCAGCUGUGCAAGUCGUUCCCAGCAGCUGAAUCUAAACUGUUCAGAACAUUCAAACUGAACGGAUCCGUCUGGAACGUGUUCAGCGGUGAAUGAUUUGCUCAGCCAGGACUGUCGGCGGUGUAACGUCCCCACAGCGUUCACUGGAGCUCCGCUGGCGGCAGGUCCUUCCAAAGAUGUGUGCAGGUUAAGCCCCGCCCCCCGCAGUGCCUUCCUGUGUAUAUUCUGUACACUUGUUUUCUUUUACCUGUGCGGAUCUUUUUGACGUCAUGUGCAAUGUUCUAUAAAUGUAUUAUCUAAUCAUGAGGCUGUACAUUUCAUACUGCAAGUCUUCACCUUUUGGAUAAUCAGAAUAUAUUUCUUGUAUCGUUUUUGUAUCUUUUUAAAUUUUGCAUUACGUGUUGUGUUGAUUUGAUAAAUCUGAUAAUAAAAGGUUAAAAAUUUGA